AUGGAGGAGGUUGACGGCAUUCCCCGAGCCUACAUCCACCGUGCUUGCUCCGGUAAGGAGAAACCCGAGGAGAAAGACUUGUCGACGAAGAGCGGCAUCUCAGACGAUGCUGCUUCCCCUGCAUCGUCCAUGAACGGCUGCUUUGACUGCAACAUCUGUUUGGACUUUGUGGUCGAUCCGGUCGUCACGCUCUGCGGUCAUCUCUAUUGUUGGCCUUGCAUCUACAAGUGGAUGCAGGUGGAGAGCAUGUCCCCGAGGCAGUGCCCUGUCUGCAAGGCCUCCCUCUCCCAGGACACCCUCGUCCCGCUCUAUGGCCGCGGAGGACAAAGCCCCGUGGCGGAUUCCGAGGUUCCACAUCGGCCGACCCUUCACCGUGAUCAUGCGGUGUUUACCUCGGUGGUCGACCACCGUCCCCGCGGCACGGAAGAUGCGGCGUACGUUGACCGAUAUCAACCAACGCAGCAGCCUCAGUUUCGCCGCCACCAACACGAUUACUCCGGUUAUGCGAGUCUUCUCGGUACCAGUUAUACGUCAGGAGGCUCUUCUUCGCUACUGUUCGCGCCGUUGUUCCGUUCGACGGCUGGAGGCGUGCUCGGUGGCUUAGCUAUUCUCCCAUGGGCGCAAAGGAAUCAUGGAAUGAACACGUACUACGCAAGCCCGUAUCCUUUCGCAUCGGGUAGCAACAAUCCGAGGCUGCUUAGGCAUCAGAUGCAAGUGGAGAGCUCCCUGCAUCAGAUAUGUCUCUUCCUCUUCUUCUGUGCUCUGUUGUGUCUUCUCUUGUUCUGA